GUCGGGAGCAGAGCUAGCUGGAGCGCGAUCCUGUCUGACCCAGCGGAGUGCAGCCCGCGGCCCUGCUCCUUACUGGCCAGCAUGUCCUUCGUCGCGGUGGCCGAGGAUUCUGACUUCCCCAUCCACAACCUGCCGUACGGCGUCUUUUCCACCCCAGGCAACCCAAGGCGGAGGAUCGGCGUGGCCAUUGGCGACCAGAUCCUGGACCUCAGUGUCAUUAAGCACCUCUUCACUGGGCCUGUCCUCUCCAAACACCAGGAUGUCUUCGAUCAGCCCGCUCUGAACAGCUUCAUGGGCCUGGGCCAGGCUGCCUGGAAGGAGGCGAGAGCGUUCUUGCAGAACCUGCUGUCCACCAGCCACACCAGGCUCCGAGACGACACGGAGCUUCGGAGACGUGCGUUCACUGCCCAGGCUUCUGCUGUGAUGCACCUGCCGGCCACCAUAGGUGACUACACGGACUUCUACUCCUCCCGGCAGCAUGCCACCAACGUGGGGAUCAUGUUCCGCGGCAAGGAGAAUGCGUUGAUGCCGAAUUGGCUGCACGUUCCCGUGGGCUACCACGGCCGCGCCUCCUCUGUCGUCGUGUCUGGCACCCCGAUCCGCAGGCCCAUGGGGCAGAUGAGCCCCGAUGACUCUGAGCCUCCUGUCUAUGGCGCCUGCAAGCUGUUGGACAUGGAGCUGGAGAUGGCUUUCUUUGUAGGCCCUGGGAACAACUUUGGAGAGCCGAUCCCCAUUUCCAGGGCCCAUGAGCACAUUUUUGGAAUGGUUCUUAUGAACGACUGGAGCGCUCGGGACAUUCAGAAAUGGGAGUAUGUCCCUCUUGGGCCGUUCCUUGGCAAGAGUUUUGGAACCACCAUCUCUCCGUGGGUGGUGCCCAUGGAGGCCCUCAUGCCCUUUGCCGUGCCCAACCCAGAGCAGGACCCCAGGCCCCUGCCAUAUCUCCGCCACGACCGGCCCUACACGUUCGACAUCAGCCUCUCUGUCACCCUGAAAGGAGAAGGAAUGAGCCAGGCAGCCACCAUCUGCAAGUCCAAUUUUAAGUACAUGUACUGGACGAUGCUCCAGCAGCUGACCCACCACACCGUCAAUGGCUGCAACCUUCGCCCAGGGGACCUGUUGGCUUCGGGAACCAUCAGCGGGCCGGAGCCAGAGAGCUUUGGCAGCAUGCUGGAGCUGUCGUGGAGGGGGACAAAGGCCAUUGAGCUGGGGCACGGACACACCAGGAAGUUCCUGCUGGACGGUGAUGAAGUCAUCAUAACAGGCCACUGCCAGGGGGACGGGUACCGCAUCGGCUUUGGCCAGUGUGCUGGAAAAGUGCUGCCUGCCCUCUUGCCCGCGUGAUCUUCUCUGCGUGGCUGGACGUGAGGAGCUCCCCGCCCCCGCCUGGGGCGUCAGCGGCCGCCUGUGGGGCUGUGGGCCUGGCUCUUCAUCAGGGGUAAAUAAAGCCGGUGUGCUCGGCCUUCACGCUCCAUGCCCCGUGCCGUCUCCGUGUGUGAGGU